AAAUAAAAAAGGAAACUAUCAGAGAAAAGAAAAACGAAUCAAACCUUGACGCCUACAAGAAAUCAAACACAUAAGUAAUCAAACGAGGCAGUUUCGUUUCUUAUUCUUUCCUUUCCGCUAAGAGAAUGACAAAACUAAAAUCUCUCAUAAUCGGGAAAGUCAAAGACAAAGCUUCAAUAGGCAAAGUCAGAUUGUUUCAUAGUUUCAGUUCUAAAGCCGUCAAGAACAUUCACUUAGCCCUUUUGAAAUCAACGACUCAUACUUGUCACAAACCACCCGAUAGCAACUAUGUCUCCGACGUUAUCUCUUACUCCAACAGCCGUCAUGGUCCGGCAGCUUUCGCGGCGGUUAUGUGGAGGUUGCGAGUCACAAAGGACGCUUUCGUGGCCACCAAAUCUCUCAUCGUCUUCCACAAACUUAUCAAAUCAUCGAGAGACAAUUUCCAAGGACUUGAUCGUGGACGGAACAAUCUAAAACUAAAUGAUUUCUCCGACGUUUCUUCUAAUCUCACCAUAGAGUUGUCUCGAUGGGUUAAAUGGUAUGCAUUAUAUUUGGAUCGUCUCUCAUGGAUUUCGAAGGUAUUAGGGUCUUUUCCAAAUCUAUUGGAGAGCUCAAAAGAGAAAUCUAUAGAGAAAGAUUGUGUUUCGUCUUAUAAAACCGGGUUUAUAAUGAGACAAACAGAAUCUCUUGUGAGUUUCUUUGAACAUAUAUGCACCAGACCGGAGACUCCACCUUUGUUCCAAAACAAGAUCGUUGACGAGAUCAGAGAGCUCGUGAUUCAAGACUACUUCACGGUUGUGAGAUUGGUUAUGAUACGGCUUCAAGUGUUGAGUGAAAGAUUGAUUAAACCGGGUAUCGAAGCUGUUGGUGAUUCCGGUUCAAACGAUUUGAGGUUGGUUUUGUUGAGAAUUGAAGAAUGCAAGAAGAGUCUGAGUGGAUUAUUUUGGCGUUGCAGACGUUUGGCAGAAGAUUUUUGGUGUAUGGUGGAGAUUUUGAAGGCCGAGACGGUAAUUAACGAUAGGGCGAUGGUUGAAUUUUCCGGUUCGGUUCAGACUACGGUUAAUGACGAUGAGGAGAUGGUCGAAUUGGCAUGUUCGGUUCAGACCGAAUGGGUAAUAUUCAGCGACUCCGAGUCAGCAACGGACGAGGUUGUAAAUUGUGAUUCUGAGUGGGUAACAUUUGAUGACCCCAUGGGAUUAACUAAUGAACCGGUCCGGUUCAGCCUAUAUACAUAACAUUUGACAACUGGUUGGCCCAGUUAGGCGAGAAAAGAUCCGGUUUACACUUGGUAAGGAGUCUUGCUACGAACAUACAUAUCAACGGUUCACGUUUUAGUUUGGUUUUUGUCUGGAAAGGGAUGUGUUUUUUUUUUAUUAUUAUUAUGCUUAAUUUCUUCCUUAUUCACAAAGACAAGAAAAAAA